AUGAUUGGUCCGGCUAUACCUGAAGCAUUGCUGAAAAAGAAGCAAUCUAACGAAUCUGCAAUUGUCAUUUCAUUUUCGGACGACGAGGAAGAAGUGGGUCCUCAGAUGGCUGGUCCUCAGAUUCCUCAGCAUAUUUUAGAGGCAAGAUCAGUAGGCCCUCAAAUUCCAGACCACUUACUUCAACAAAAGAGAGCAAAUACCGACGAGAUUGCUAUUUCUGACGAUGAAGAAGAAGAGGAGGUAGGUGAUAUUGGACCUCAAAUACCUCAACACCUUUUGAACAAGACAGACGACGAAAGUACCGCAGGUCCUCAGAUACCUCAACACCUUUUGGAAAAAAUGAGCAACGUUUUGGAAAAUGAUAUUGUUGGCCCUCAAAUCCCUCAGCAUAUCUUGGAAACAAAGCCUGUUGAGGAAGACAUUACUCCGGAUGAUUUUGCUCCUGCGUUGCCGCCAGAUUUGCUUGAACAACGACAAAAGCAAACACCUCAACCUCAAACUGGUAGAAGACGUAGACCUGUGGGCCCAACCUUCCCUACGGGGCCAAUCCCAAACCAAGAGGAGGAUGAAUACAUGGUCGGUCCCGCUUUACCAAAAGAUUAUAAUCCUGAGGUUGAGGCCAAGUAUUCUGCAAUUCAUGCAAUUGAGGAACGUGCACGUGAAGCAAGAGAAGCUAUGGAAAAGAAAGAAGCCGAUAAAGGAAAGGUUCAGAGACCAGACUGGAUGUUGGUUCCUCCCGAGGUUGAUUACUUAAAAAAAGCCAAUUCUUCUAAAUCGAGACAAUUCACCAACAAGACAAUGUCUAAAGAAGAACUGGAUUCAGCUGAAUGGACUAUGACACCCGCGCAAAAACAACAGCGCUUAGAAGAAGAACGAUCUGGAAAGAGAAAAAUGAAGGAUGAAGAAACUAAUUUCUCGGAAUUGGAUAUCGAAAGAAUAAGAAACAUCCAAGAAUAUAAUAUGCAAACAAGACCGCUGACCUUAUUAGAAAUACAUCAACAGAAAAAGAAGAGAUCCAAAGAGCCUACUUCUGAUAUUGAAGAUGUCACAAAACGGGCCUUCGAUCGUGAAAAGGAUCUUUUGGGCGCUAGAAAAAUGGACAGAAAAUCGAAGAAAGAAAUGUUGAAACAGUCUGCUCAGUUUGGCCAAAAAUUCGGUUAUGGUAGUAGCUCAUUCUUGUAA